AUCUCACCCUUUUCUUCUUUGUGUCUCCAGGAGCCAUGAGGUGCCACGUGGCUGCCUGCUUCCUUGUGAUCUGGUUUCUUGUGCUGAUUUCUGGAUGUUGGGGCCAGGUGAACCGGCUGCCUUUCUUUAUCAAUCACUUCUUUGACACAUACCUGCUGAUCAGUGAGGACACACCUGUGGGUUCAUCUGUGACUCAGUUGCUGGCCCGAGAUAUGGACAAUGAUCCAUUGGUGUUUGGCGUGUCUGGAGAGGAAGCCUCCCGCUUCUUUGCUGUGGAACCUGACACUGGUGUGGUAUGGCUUAGGCAGCCAUUGGACAGAGAGACCAAGUCAGAGUUCACAGUGGAGUUCUCUGUCAGUGACCACCAGGGGGUGAUCACACGGAAGGUGAACAUCCAGGUGGGAGAUGUGAAUGACAAUGCGCCCACAUUUCACAACCAGCCCUACAGCGUGCGCAUCCCUGAGAACACCCCGGUGGGGACACCCAUCUUCAUCGUGAAUGCCACAGACCCUGACCUGGGUGCAGGCGGCAGUGUCCUUUACUCCUUUCAGCCUCCCUCCCCGUUCUUUGCCAUCGACAGUGCCCGGGGCAUUGUCACUGUGAUACGGGAGCUAGACUAUGAGACCACGCAGGGCUACCAGCUCACGGUCAAUGCUACGGAUCAAGACAAGACCAGACCUCUGUCCACCCUGGCUAACUUGGCCAUCAUCAUCACAGACAUCCAGGACAUGGAUCCCAUCUUUAUCAACCUGCCAUACAGCACCAAUAUCUACGAGCAUUCUCCUCCGGGCACAACGGUACGAGUGAUCACUGCUGUUGAUCAGGAUAAAGGCCGGCCCAGGGGGAUUGGCUACACCAUCAUUUCAGGAAAUACCAACAGCAUCUUUGCCCUGGACUACAUCAGUGGAGCACUAACCUUGAAUGGCCUGCUGGACCGGGAGAACCCCCUGUACAGCCACGGCUUCAUCCUGACUGUGAAGGGCACAGAGCUGAACGACGACCGCACCCCGUCUGAUGCCACAGUCACCACAACCUUCAACAUCCUGGUCAUCGACAUCAAUGACAAUGCCCCAGAGUUCAACAGCUCUGAGUACAGUGUGGCCAUCACCGAACUGGCACAGGUUGGCUUCGCCCUCCCCCUCUUCAUCCAGGUGGUGGACAAGGACGAGAACUUGGGUCUGAACAGCAUGUUUGAGGUGUACCUGGUGGGCAACAAUUCCCACCACUUCAUCAUCUCUCCCACCUCCGUGCAAGGGAAAGCAGACAUUCGCAUGCGUGUGGCCAUCCCCCUGGACUACGAGACCGUGGACCGCUACGACUUCGAUCUCUUUGCCAAUGAGAGCGUGCUGGACCAUGUGGGCUACGCCAAGGUGAAGAUCACCCUCAUCAAUGAGAAUGACAACCGGCCCAUCUUCAGCCAGCCACUGUACAACAUCAGCCUGUAUGAGAAUGUCACCGUGGGGACCUCAGUGCUCACAGUCCUGGCAACAGACAAUGACGUGGGCAUCUUUGGGGAAGUCAACUAUUUCUUCAGUGAUGACCCUGACAGGUUCUCCCUGGACAAGGACACGGGGCUGAUCAUGCUGAUUGCUCGGCUGGACUAUGAACUCAUCCAGCGCUUCACCUUGACCGUCAUUGCUCGGGAUGGGGGUGGUGAGGAGACAACGGGCAGGGUCAGGAUCAACGUGCUAGAUGUCAAUGACAAUGUGCCCACCUUCCAGAAGGAUGCCUACGUGGGUGCCCUGAGGGAGAAUGAGCCCUCUGUCACGCAGCUGGUGCGGCUCCGGGCCACAGAUGAAGACUCCCCUCCCAACAACCAGAUUACCUAUAGCAUUGUCAAUGCCUCUGCCUUUGGCAGCUACUUUGACAUCAGCGUGUACGAGGGCUAUGGAGUGAUCAGUGUGAGCCGUCCCCUGGAUUAUGAACAGAUUCCCAAUGGGCUGAUAUACUUGACAGUCAUGGCCGAGGAUGCCGGCAACCCCCCUCUCAACAGCACCGUCCCAGUCAUCAUUGAGGUGUUUGAUGAGAAUGACAAUCCUCCCACCUUCAGCAAGCCUGCCUACUUUGUCUCAGUGGUGGAGAACAUCAUGGCAGGAGCCACAGUGCUGUUUCUGAAUGCUACAGACCUGGACCGCUCUCGGGAGUAUGGCCAAGAGUCCAUCAUCUACUCCCUGGAAGGCUCCUCCCAGUUCCGGAUCAACGCCCGCUCUGGUGAAAUCACCACCACAUCUCUGCUUGACCGAGAGACCAAGUCUGAAUACAUCCUCAUCGUACGCGCUGUGGACGGGGGUGUGGGCCACAACCAGAAAACUGGCAUUGCCACCGUAAACGUCACCCUCCUAGACAUCAAUGAUAACCACCCCAUCUGGAAAGAUGCUCCCUACUACAUCAACCUGGUAGAGAUGACGCCCCCAGACUCUGAUGUGACCACGGUGGUGGCUGUGGACCCCGACCUGGGGGAGAAUGGCACCCUGGUUUACAGCAUCCAGCCCUUCAACAAGUUCUACAGCCUCAACAGUACCACGGGCAAGAUCCGCACCACCCACAUCAUGCUGGACCGGGAGAAUCCUGACCCAGUGGAGGCUGAGCUCAUGCGCAAGAUUGUCCUCUCUGUCACUGACUGCGGCACACCUCCUCUGAGGGCCACCAGCAGUGCCACAGUGUUUGUGAACCUCUUGGACCUCAAUGACAAUGACCCCACCUUUCAGAACCUGCCUUUCGUAGCUGAGGUGCCGGAAGGCACCCCUGCGGGAGUCUCGAUCUACCAGGUGGUAGCCAUCGACCUGGACGAGGGCCUGAAUGGACUGGUGUCCUACCGCAUGCAGGUGGGCAGGCCCCGCAUGGACUUCGUCAUCAACAGCACCAGCGGCAUGGUACUUACCACUGCUGAGCUGGACCGGGAGCGCAUCGCCGAGUACCAGCUGAGGGUGGUGGCUAGCGACGCGGGCACGCCCACCAAGAGCUCUACCAGCACGCUCACUGUCCGUGUGCUGGACGUGAACGAUGAGACACCCACCUUCUUCCCAGCCGUGUACAAUGUAUCUGUUCCUGAGGAUGUGCCACGCGAGUUCCGGGUGGUCUGGCUGAACUGUACAGACAAUGACGUGGGACUCAAUGCUGAGCUCAGCUACUUCAUCACAGGGGGGAACGUGGACGGGAAGUUCAGCGUGGGCUACCGUGAUGCGGUGGUAAGGACGGUGGUGGGCCUGGACCGAGAGACCACGGCUGCAUAUUCGCUUAUCCUGGAAGCCAUAGACAAUGGUCCUGUGGGCAAGCGCCAUACAGGCACAGCCACUGUGUUUGUCACUGUCCUGGAUGUGAACGACAACCGGCCCAUCUUUCUGCAGAGCAGCUAUGAGGCCAGCGUCCCGGAGGACAUCCCCGAGGGCCACAGCAUUGUGCAGCUGAAAGCUACCGAUGCAGAUGAGGGCGAGUUCGGGCGUGUAUGGUACCGGAUCCUCCAUGGUAACCAUGGCAACAACUUCCGGAUCCACGUCAGUAAUGGGCUCCUGAUGCGAGGUCCCCGGCCCCUGGACCGAGAGCGGAACUCAUCCCAUGUGCUGAUGGUGGAGGCCUACAACCAUGACCUGGGCCCCAUGAGGAGCUCAGUGAGGGUGAUCGUGUAUGUGGAUGAUGUGAACGAUGAGGCCCCCAUGUUCACACAGCAACAGUAUAGCCGCCUGGGGCUUCGAGAGACUGCAGGCAUCGGCACGUCUGUCAUCGUUGUUCGAGCCACAGACCGGGACACUGGGGACGGUGGCCUGGUGAACUACCGUAUCCUGUCCGGUGCAGAGGGGAAGUUUGAGAUUGAUGAGAGCACAGGGCUUAUCAUCACUGUGGACUACCUGGACUAUGAGACCAAGACUAGCUACCUGAUGAAUGUAUCCGCCACUGACCAGGCGCCCCCCUACAACCAAGGCUUCUGCAGUGUCUACGUUACCCUACUCAACGAGCUGGAUGAGGCCGUGCAGUUCUCCAACGCCUCCUAUGAGGUGACCAUCAUGGAGAAUCUGGCACUGGGCACAGAGAUCGUGCGGGUCCAGGCCUACUCUAUUGACAACCUCAACCAGAUCACCUACCACUUUGACGCCUACACCAGCACCCAGGCUAAAGCCCUCUUCAAGAUAGACACCAACACGGGUGUGAUUACAGUCAAGGGCCUGGUGGACCGGGAGAAAGGUGAUUUCUACACUCUGACAGUUGUGGCCGAUGACGGGGGCCCCAAGGCGGACUCCACUGUGAAGGUUUAUAUUACUGUGCUGGAUGAGAAUGACAACAGCCCCCGCUUCGACUUUACCUCUGACUCCAUGGUCAGCGUGCCUGAGGACUGCCCCAUAGGCCAGCGAGUGGCCACCGUCAAAGCCCGGGACCCCGAUGCUGGCAGCAAUGGGCAGGUGGUCUUCUUCCUGGCUUCAGGCAACAUUGCUGGGGCCUUUGAAAUCAUCACCACCAAUGACUCCAUCGGUGAAGUGUUUGUGGCCAGGCCUCUGGACCGAGAAGAACUAGACCACUACAUCCUCAAGGUUGUGGCCUCUGACCGUGGCACCCCUCCACGGAAGAAGGACCACAUCCUGCAGGUGACCAUCCUGGAUGUCAAUGACAACCCUCCAGUGAUUGAGAGCCCCUUUGGAUACAAUGUCAGCGUGAAUGAGAACGUGGGCGGGGGCACUGCUGUGGUCCAGGUGAGAGCAACAGACCGUGACAUUGGGAUCAACAGCAUCCUGUCCUAUUACAUCACUGAGGGCAAUGAGGACUUGACCUUCCGCAUGGACCGCAUCAGCGGCGAGAUCGCCACUCGGCCUGCCCCGCCUGACCGUGAGCGCCAGAGCUUCUACCACCUGGUAGUCACUGUGGAGGAUGAGGGUACCCCUACGCUGUCGGCAACCACUCAUGUGUACGUGACCAUCGUGGAUGAGAAUGACAACGCUCCUGUGUUCCAGCAGCCUCAUUAUGAGGUGGUGCUAGAUGAGGGCCCCGCUACAGUCAACGCCAGUCUUGUCACCAUCCAGGCUUUGGACUUGGAUGAAGGGCCCAAUGGCACCAUCAGCUAUGCCAUUGUCGCGGGCAAUAUCAUCAACACCUUCCAGAUCGACAGGCACACGGGUGUCAUCAGGGCUGUCAAGGAGCUAGACUAUGAGAUCAGCCAUGGCCACUACACCCUGAUCGUCACUGCCACCGACCAGUGCCCCAUCUUGUCCUACCGCCUCACCUCUACCACCACGGUACUUGUGAAUGUGAAUGACAUCAAUGACAAUGUGCCCACCUUCCCCCGGGACUACGAAGGGCCAUUUGACGUCACCGAGGGCCAGCCAGGGCCCAGGGUGUGGACCUUCCUGGCCCAUGACCAGGAUUCAGGCCCCAAUGGGCAGGUGGAAUACAGCAUAGUGGACGGCGACCCUCUGGGGGAAUUCAUGAUCUCACCCGUGGAAGGGGUGCUGCGGGUCCGCAGAGAUGUGGAGCUGGACCGGGAGACAACUGCCUUCUACAACCUGACCAUCUGUGCCCGCGACAGGGGAGUGCCCCCACUCAGCUCCACAAUGCUGGUGGGAAUACGGGUGCUGGACAUCAAUGACAAUGACCCGGUGCUGCUGAACCUGCCUCUGAACGUCACCAUCAGUGAGAACAGCCCAGUCUCCAGCUUUGUUGCUCAUGUCCUGGCCAGUGAUGCCGACAGUGGCUGCAAUGCUCUCCUUACCUUUAACAUCACUGCAGGCAACCGGGAGCGGGCCUUCUCCAUCAAUGCCACGACAGGGGUGGUAACUGUGAACCGGCCCCUGGACCGCGAGAGGACCCCAGACUACAAGCUGACCGUUUCUGUGAAGGACAACCCGGAGAACCCCCGCAUAGCCAGGAGGGACUUUGACUUGCUGUGGGUCUCUCUCUUGGAUGAGAAUGACAACCAUCCCCUCUUCACAGAGGGCACCUACCAGGCAGAGGUGAUGGAGAACUCUCCUGCAGGGACCCCCCUCACCAUGCUCAAUGGGCCCAUCCUGGCCCUGGAUGCGGACGAGGAUGUAUAUGCCGUGGUCACCUACCAACUGCUGGGUACCCACAGUGGCCUCUUUGACAUCCACAACAGCACGGGCGUGGUGAGCGUGAGGUCAGGUGUCGUCAUUGACCGGGAGGCCUUCUCACCCCCCAUCCUGGAACUGCUGCUGCUGGCUGAGGACAUAGGGCUGCUCAAUGGCUCAGCCCACCUUCUCAUCACCAUCUUGGAUGACAAUGACAACUGGCCCACCUUCAGCCCCGCUGCCCUCACCGUCCACUUGCUGGAGAAUUGUCCACCAGGAUUCUCAGUUCUUCAAGUCACAGCUACUGAUGAAGACAGUGGUCUCAAUGGGGAGCUGAUCUACCGAAUAGAAGCUGGGGCUCAGGACCGCUUCCUCAUCCAUCCAGUCACCGGGGUCAUCAGUGUUGGUGAUGUGACCAUUGACAGAGAGGAACAAGAGUCCUACAGGCUGACAGUGGUGGCCACUGACCGAGGCACUGAGCCCCUCUCAGGCACAGCUAUGGUCACCAUUCUGAUUGAUGACAUCAAUGACUCUCGUCCUGAGUUCCUCAAUCCCAUUCAGACGGUGAGCGUGCUAGAAUCUGCAGAGCCAGGCACUGUUAUUGCCAACAUCACCGCCAUCGACCUUGACCUCAACCCAAAGCUAGAGUAUCAUAUUAUUGGCAUCGUGGCCAAGGAUGACACUGACCGACUGGUGCCUGACCAAGAAGAUGCCUUUGCUGUGAAUAUCAACACAGGGUCUGUAAUGGUGAAGUCCCCCCUGAACCGGGAGCUGGUUGCCACCUAUGAGGUCACUCUCUCAGUGAUUGACAAUGCCAGCAACCUACCAGAGCAGUCUGUCAGCGUGCCAAAUGCCAAGCUGACAGUCAACAUCCUGGAUGUCAAUGACAAUACACCGCAGUUCAAGCCCUUUGGGAUCACCUACUACACAGAGAGGAUCCUCGAGGGGGCCACCCCGGGCACCACACUCAUCGCUGUGGCCGCUGUGGACCCCGACAAGGGUCUCAAUGGGCUGAUCACCUACACACUGCUCCACCUCACACCCCCAGGCUAUGUCCAGCUGGAAGACUCCUCAACCGGGAAGGUCAUUGCCAACCGGACAGUAGACUACGAGGAGGUACACUGGCUCAACUUCACAGUGAGAGCUUCAGACAAUGGGUCCCCACCCAGGGCUGCUGAGAUCCCUGUCUAUCUGGAGAUUGUGGACAUCAACGAUAACAACCCCAUCUUCAACCAGCCUUCCUACCAGGAGGCCAUCUUAGAGGAUGUACCUGUGGGCACUGUCAUCCUGACUGUCACUGCUAAUGAUGCGGACUCGGGCAACUUUGCCAUCAUCGAGUACAGCCUUGGCGACGGGGAGGGCAAGUUCGCCAUCAACCCCACCACAGGAGACAUCUAUGUCCUGAGCGCUCUGGACCGGGAGAAGAAGGAUCACUAUAUUCUGACUGCCUUGGCCAAAGACAACCCUGGGGAUGUAGCCAGCAACCGUCGAGAAAACUCAGUGCAGGUGGUGAUCCAAGUGCUGGAUGUCAAUGACUGCCGACCACAGUUCUCUAAGCCCCAGUUCAGUACGAGUGUGUAUGAGAAUGAGCCAGCAGGCACCUCGGUCAUCACCAUGAUGGCCACUGACCAGGAUGAGGGCUCCAAUGGUCAGCUCACCUACUCCCUCGAGGGUCCUGGCAUGGAGGCCUUCCACGUCGACAUGGACUCAGGCCUUGUGAGCACACAGCGCCCUCUGCAAUCCUACGAGAGGUUCAACCUGACCGUGGUGGCCACGGAUGGCGGGCAGCCCCCGCUCUGGGGCACCACCAUGCUCCUGGUGGAAGUCAUCGAUGUCAAUGACAAUCGUCCAGUCUUUGUGCGGCCACCCAAUGGAACAAUUCUCCAUAUCCGGGAGGAGAUCCCACUGCGCUCCAAUGUGUAUGAGGUCUAUGCUACCGACAAGGACGAGGGCCUGAAUGGAGCGGUGCGCUACAGCUUCCUGAAAACAGCCGGCAACCGGGACUGGGAGUACUUCACCAUUGACCCAGUCAAUGGCCUCAUCCAGACCGCACAGCGCCUGGACCGCGAGAAGCAGGCAGUGUACAGUCUCAUCUUGGUAGCCAGUGACCUGGGCCAGCCAGUGCCAUAUGAGACCAUGCAGCCCCUGCAGGUGGCCUUGGAGGACAUUGACGACAAUGAGCCCCUCUUCGUGAGGCCUCCGAAAGGCAGCCCCCAGUACCAGCUGCUGACCAUUCCUGAGCACUCACCCCGUGGCACCCUCGUGGGCAACGUGACAGGCGCUGUGGAUGCAGACGAGGGCUCCAACGCUAUUGUAUACUAUUUCAUAGCAGCUGGUAAUGAGGCAAAGAACUUCCAUCUGCAGCCCGAUGGGCGACUCCUAGUGUUGCGGGACCUGGAUCGGGAGCAGGAAGCAGUCUUCUCCUUCAUCGUCAAGGCCUCCAGCAACCGCAGCUGGACACUGCCCCGCAGCUCCUCCCCAGCCCUGGACCUGGUGGCUGACCUCACCCUGCAGGAGGUGCGCGUGGUGCUAGAGGAUAUCAACGACCAGCCACCACGCUUCACCAAAGCUGAGUACACCGCAGGGGUGGCCACUGACGCCAAGGUGGGCUCAGAAUUGAUCCAGGUGCUGGCCCUGGAUGCAGACAUCGGCAACAACAGCCUGGUCUUCUAUGGCAUUCUGGCCAUCCACUACUUCCGGGCCCUUGCCAAUGACUCUGAGGAUGUGGGCCAAGUCUUCACCAUGGGGAGUGUGGAUGGGAUCUUGCGCACCUUUGACCUCUUCAUGGCCUACAGCCCAGGCUACUUCGUGGUGGACAUUGUGGCCCGAGACCUGGCAGGCCACAAUGAUACAGCCAUCAUUGGCAUCUACAUCCUGAGGGACGACCAGCGUGUCAAGAUUGUCAUCAAUGAAAUCCCUGACCGUGUGCGUGGCUUUGAGGAGGAGUUCAUCCGCCUGCUCUCCAACAUCACUGGAGCCAUUGUCAACACAGAUGACGUGCAGUUCCAUGUGGACCAGAAGGGCCGGGUUAACUUUGCCCAGACAGAGCUGCUCAUCCAUGUGGUGAACCGUGACACUAACCGUAUCCUUGACGUUGACCGAGUGAUCCAGAUGAUAGAUGAGAACAAAGAACAGCUGAGGAACCUUUUCCGGAACUACAAUGUCCUGGACGUGCAGCCUGCCAUCUCAGUCCGGCUGCCGGAUGAUAUGUCUGCCCUGCAGAUGGCAAUCAUCGUUCUGGCCAUCCUCCUCUUCCUGGCAGCCAUGCUCUUCAUCCUCAUGAACUGGUACUACAGGACCGUACAUAAAAGGAAGCUCAAGGCCAUUGUAGCUGGCUCAGCAGGGAACCGUGGCUUCAUUGACAUUAUGGACAUGCCCAACACCAAUAAGUACUCCUUCGAUGGAGCCAACCCAGUGUGGUUGGACCCCUUCUGCCGGAACUUGGAGUUGGCCGCCCAGGCUGAACACGAGGAUGACCUGCCCGAGAACCUGAGUGAGAUUGCAGACUUGUGGAACAGCCCCACCCGCACCCAUGGAACGUUUGGCCGUGAGCCAGCAGCAGUCAAGCCUGAUGAUGACAGGUACCUGCGGGCAGCAAUCCAAGAGUAUGACAACAUUGCCAAGCUGGGCCAGAUCAUUCGCGAGGGACCCAUCAAGGGAUCGCUGCUGAAGGUGGUCCUGGAGGAUUACCUGCGGCUCAAAAAGCUCUUUGCACAGCGGAUGGUGCAAAAAGCCUCCUCCUGCCACUCUUCCAUCUCCGAGCUGAUUCAGACUGAUCUGGAAGAGGAACCUGUGGACUGCAGCCCAAACCAGGGCAGCCUGCGCUUCCGCCACAAACCACCUAUGGAACUCAAGGGGCCAGAUGGGAUUCAUGUGGUACACGGCAGCACCGGCACACUGCUAGCCACUGACCUCAGCAGCCUACCUGAGGAUGACCAGAAGGGUCUGGGUCGCUCACUGGAGACGCUGACAGCCACUGAGGCCACCGCAUUGGAGCGCAAUGCCCGUACAGAGUCCGCCAAAUCCACACCUCUGCACAAGCUCCGAGAUGUGAUUAUGGAGAGCCCCCUGGAGAUCACGGAGCUGUGACUGAUAGGUGCCUCACUGGCAGGAGGUGCUCAACCCCAGGGCGGGAGCAAGGCCAAGCCAGCUCUGCAUGGACCACCUUGGUUUGGCCCUGGCAACCUGCACAACUGUUGAGACUUUUGCCAGACUGUCAUUCACCAUCUGAUCUCUACCUUCAUAAGAUUUGUUAUUUUUUUAAGAAAACCAAACAAAAUACUAAGCAUCUAAGGAUGAGGUAAGG